AUGCUGACACUGUACUUCGGUCUUUCCGUCGCAGUUUUCCCCGCUGGCACCCUGGCUGCUCCGUGUUUUAAUGGCCGUUACCUUCCCAAGCAAGAAAGUGAAUUUGUUGAUGCAGUCCUUGAGGAGCUGGAUGGCUAUUUACAGAGAGAUGAUCCGAAAAGCGUCCUAUUGUUCCCACCUUUCCCGAGCCAGCUUCGCUUCCUGAUCCAUAAGACGACAGAGAACCAUCCGGGCCUCUGCUCCUUCUCCGUCGGAGAGAGCUGGAGUCGCCGAGUGGUUGUCUGCCGCUCUCUCCUCAGGUCAGUGUCAGAGGAAGAGGGCAGUGACGGGGGGGGCAGUUUCUAUGAGCAGCCCAAAGCUCAGGACAGACCGGAGGACAACAGGAGGCAGACGGAGAGGGCGGGGCCUAGGGUCGCCCGCGGCAGAGGGAGCCGACGCCCAGACAAGGCCAUUUACGUACCCCGGGCCAUGCGACAGAAAGCCGCGGAGGAGCGCUCGGUACCGGAACAGACCGCGCACCCGUCCUCCGCAUGCAGCGUGAACUCUAGUGCCUUGGAGGAGUCCCUCUCCGACGUCAUGGAAACGUCUGUGGCGGCCGAGUGUGGGACGGGCACGGACAGCGCCGAUACGUCGUUGGCCGAGCAGGACGGGUCAGCGCUGUUCUCUGGGCCGGACUCCGGCUCGUGCUUGCCUGCCUUGGAUCAGACCAUGUCAUACUUUGUGGCAAUGUCUCUGGAGGACCAGCAGAAGGAGGACCAGCAGAAGGAGGAGCAGGUGCAGGAGAAGGAAGAGGAGCAGGAGGAAGCUCUCAACAGUAACGUGGUCCCAGUGGAACCUCCCACACACCAGCAGAGCGUGGAUGCCAUGCAGGAUUUUACUCAGGAGAUCAUCUCAAACCUGAAAGAAAGAGAUAUAGUCAUAGAGAACACUAGAAACGAUUACUCCGCGUUUGAGAACGCCUGGUUCAACCAAGACGAUUUUUCCCACGUCAUUGAGAUCUACAACUUCCCCGCCACCUUUAAAACUGACGACUUAUUGGACGCCUUCUCUGACUACAGUGACGGAGGGUUAAAAAUCAAAUGGGUGGACGACACGCAUGCCCUGGGCGUGUUUUCCAGUCCGUCGGCAGCCCUGCAGGCCCUGUCCAUCCAGCAUCCUCUGCUGAAGACGCGUGCUCUGUCUGACGCCAGUAAGAAGGCCAAAGGAAAAGCCCUGAGACGAGCAGAGUUCAUUCAGCCUGUGAAGGAGCGGCCGCGCACGGACACGGCAGUGGCCCGUCGCAUGGUGACCCGGGCCCUGGGCCUGAGAGGAGGCCCACGCAGAAAGCACUGCUGACGGCCUGUGAGUGCAGCAGCCCAGCAAAACACGCAGCGCUCUGGACUCAGCGGACGGCCAUCCUGGCCUGGACUCCUGGGAAGAGAACUCCGCCCGUGCAUCCGCACACGGGCAUUUCCGGAGAGCAGCUCCGGCGAUUGGGAUUACGGGCAUACAUCGCAAAGGAACGAUGCCGGCCUCUCGGGUUCCUGUUUUCUGGUUAACUCGGUUCUCCGUCUGUGGCACUGUUAAAGCAGUCCUGUGUUUCAGAGAGCGCCUCAUCAUCUCAGUGUCUGUGAUUAGAGAGAGCUGUCAGUCUGUGAUUUUCAGCCCUGGGUUAGUCCAGAUUAGACUGCCUCGGGACUGUUUUUGUAAUCUGCUGAAGUUCCAAAUAAAUCUGCAGUUCUA